CAGGAGGCAGGGAGAGGGGGAAAUGGUGAAAGGAAAAUAAACAAAACAGGCGCUACUCGAGAACGUUCUCUAAAAUUUUGGUUGUCUUUUUGUUAAAAAUUCGUAUUAAAUCCAAAUGCAGCCAAAUACAAACGGGGAACAAACACGAUUAGGUCGCAUUGAUCUUAUUAGGGACUAUAACAGGAGUAGCAAGACAGGAAUCUGAAAGGCGACUGAAAAGACAUUUCUUGAUUACUUAUUGAAGGAUUCGCUCCAAAAAUGUUGGAAAGUGAAGAAAUGUCCAUUCGAGAGCAUUGCAUCGUUACAUCGGAGCUUCUGCCUUACUUGGACAGAGAGGACGACGAUUCGGAAAAUGCAAAGAACCUUGUCAACCCUGACCAUGUAUUGUCAAAGUUUCCAUUCCACUGUCCUGUUUUGCGUGGAACAGAACAGGUGGUUGACGAGGACGGUGAUUUGGUGUUGGAUCGCAGAGAAAAUGCAAUCCUGAUCGAGCACGGCAAGUCCACAACCUUGAACGAGGUGGGACUGCAGGUGUGGAGAGGCGCCCUGCUUCUUGCGGACUGGGUCAUCCACAACACCAAACUUUUAUCCCAGGCAACUGUCCUUGAACUCGGCUCUGGCACUGGUCUCACGUCAAUUGCGGCAGCUUUGGUCGCUGCAGAAGUUAUAUCGACAGAUGCCGACAUUGGGAAUAUUUUGGCUUUGAUUGACUCAAAUUUCAAAAGAAACCAGAGUUUAGUCAAAUGUCCGUACAAAGUCCUAGAAUUGGAUUUCUUUGCUCAGGAGUGGUCAAAUGAAUUAGAAGAAGUGAUUGAUAGGACCAAUAUUGUCAUAGCAGCAGAUGUGAUUUAUGACGACGAUCUGACUGAGGCAUUUGUUUCAACUUUAAAGCGUUUAUUAAGUAAACCCCCAUCAAAAUCAAUUUAUAUGGCUUUAGAGAAAAGAUUUGUUUUCACUCUUGAAGAUCUCGACUCUGUUGCACCGUGCUUUGAGCACUUCCUGAGGUGUAUUGCAAAGCCAGAUUUUCCGUGGAAGAUGGAAACUGUGGACUGUGAUUUCCCCCAGUAUUUUAAAUAUGAACGAACAAAGGAGCUAGCACUGUGGAAAAUAUCCUCUUUGAUUUAAUUUAUUCAUUAAUAAAAAUAAGGAAAAAAUAUGUAAUAAGCAUGAAAAUUGUGCGUUUUUUUAAUA